AUGAGUGACUUUGACCGAGAGGACAUUGGAGAAAGAGUGUCUGAAUUAGCCAGUGACCUGAGAGAUGUCAAGAAUAUAUUAGUGACAGGAGGUGCAGGGUUUAUAGGAUCAUUUCUUGUUAGAAAGCUUGUCGUACUUUAUCCAGAGUAUCAUAUUUAUGUAGUAGACAAGUUGGAUUAUUGUGGAUCAUUGCAUAACUUGAAGUCAGUCAGAGAGUUUCCAAACUUUACAUUUGUUCGAGGGGAUAUUACUUCUGCGGAUUUUAUUACAUUUUUACUUAGGGAUAAAAACAUUGAUGUCAUCUUUCAUCUGGCAGCACAGACUCAUGUUGAUAACUCUUUUGGAGAUUCAUUUGAAUUUACAAAGAACAAUGUCAUGGGAACACAUGUCCUUUUAGAAGCCGCCAAGAUUAGUAAAAUUAGACGGUUUAUUCAUGUCAGUACAGACGAGGUCUAUGGCGAAGUUAUCAAUGGUCCUGAUUGUCCUGAAGAUACCAUCCUAUCCCCAUCUAAUCCUUACUCUGCCACCAAGGCAGCUGCUGAAUGCCUUGUCAAAGCAUACCACAAAUCUUUUGGUCUGCCCAUCAUGAUCACUCGAUCGAACAAUGUCUAUGGACCUUAUCAGUAUCCUGAAAAGAUCACAUCCAAAUUUGUUUGUAGUUUACUUCGUGGUGGAAAAUGUUAUAUUCAUGGCGACGGACAUAAUUCAAGAAAAUAUUUGUAUGCAGCUGAUGUAGCUGAUGCCCUCGACAUCAUCUUCCACAAGGGAAGUGUAGGCGAAACCUAUAACAUUGGAUCGCCUCUGGAGAUAUCAAACUUGGAAAUGGCAAGAAGAUUAAUACUCUUGUUUGGAUAUAAAGAGAAUGAAGUGGAUCAACAUGUUGAAUUUGUUAGAGAUAGAGCAUUUAAUGACCGAAGGUAUGCAAUAGAUUGCUCAAAACUAGAGAAACUUGGAUGGGCACCUAGGAUGAAGUUUGAGGAAGGCUUAUUAAAAACAAUUGAAUGGUAUAGACAAUGUACAGAUACUUGGUGGGGCGAUGUAAGUAGUGCACUUAUACCGCAUCCAUUUAAAGUCAUUCCUGCUUAUGAUGAAACUGCCAUUUAA